AGUUAUUGUUUUCUUUAUUACUGCCUAGUUAACUAAACGAAAAUUUUAAGAACUUAAGAUGCCAGCCUUUCAUUCGGAAAUCGAAGAAGUCAGCCGGCGAGUGGGAAAUAUGGCAAUUUUACCACUACGUACUAAAUUCCAAGGACCAGCGCCCAGUAUUCAAAUUGAUAACGACAUCAUUGAUGAGUCAUUGUAUUAUUUUAAAGCAAAUGUUUUCUUUCGUACAUAUGAAGUGAAGUCCGAAGUGGAUCGCGUUCUUAUCUAUGUUACCCUGUACAUUACUGAAUGCUUAAAGCGAUUGGCUCAUUGUACAAGUAAAGCGCAUGCCCAACAGGAGCUAUUCAGUCUGGCAAUAGCAAAAUUCGAUAUACCCGGCGAUUCAGGAUUUCCGUUAAAUUCUGUAUAUGCUGCACCCGAAAAUCCCGAUGUGAUGCGUCAGUAUAUACAACAAUUACGUCAAGAGACGGGUAACCGUUUACUGGAGAAAGUUUUCGAUAACGCUGACGACAAGCCAAACAAAUGGUGGAUUUGUUUUGCCAAGAGAAAGUUCAUGGAAAAAUCCCUGUCGGGACCAGGACUCUAGGUUUACACACCUUGCACUGAGACUUUUUCCAAAAAUGUUUACUAAACAAUUAUACGCUUUGAACUAGUUCUAACAUUUUAAAAUAUAAACGGCGCCAUAUUCAAAUUUGGA